AUGGCGCAAAUUGAUCCCACUGCAUUGAUUCAAGCAUAUAUUCCAUUUGCUAAAUCAAGUCAAAGUCUUGAUUCUGAAAAACAAUCAAUGAUGCGAUCUGCUGCGAAGAAUUGCACUGUACUAAAUUCGUCGGUGUCUAAUUCAGGACAAAGCACGUCAAGAACAUGCGAAAUUGUUGAACGUGAACGUGGAUACGAAAUGGCUGCCAGUGCUAAUUCUGGGUCAACCUCAAAUCAUGCACCACCGUCAUUUGACUCUACAGGACUACGUAUGAUUCAAACGAAUUAUCGAGAUAGUUCGUCAUCACCACGUUCACCUCCAGCUCGAUGCGCCAAGCGGUUAAAAAAUAAUUCAUCCACAUCGUCAGCGCGUAGCUCAAGUGUGAGCAGUACUGUUAGUACGUUAUCAGCAGUUAUUAAUCUUAAUAAUCAAUCGCCAAAAAGUCAUGCUGUCUCGGACACUCCACAUAAAAGUGCAGGAAAACAUCUGAACAAUGCAAAUUCUAUCCAAGCGAAUGUUGGAUCGACAAAACUCACGAAGUAUUUUGCUCGAGACAUGCUCCAUGGCACAAAUAAUGUUAGACGACUUAAUUCUCCGCCAGUUCGCAUUAACUCUCACCUGGAUCUUGCAAAUCAUAAUGGCUAUGAUGAUAACAGACCAUCAACGUCUAAAUGUUUUACAUCGGGAUCGAAGAUCCUACUAAAUGGUGCAGUAAAACGGCGUAUGGACAUAAAUACUAGUCACACUUCCACCAGAAAAAUGGAAUCUCAGGGUAAUAGAAUUCUGAACGGUAAAGCUGAAGGGAAACGAUUGAUACCAGAAAGCAGCGAAUUGGAAACCAGAUUCCCUGCAAAUAGUCGUACAGUAUUUUAUGCAACAUGGGAAGGCAGCCGUGUUCUGAAUCCGGAUGGUCGUAAUGUUGGUGUUGGACUUUGUAACUAUUCCAACGACUGCUUUUUAAACGCUGUUCUUCAGAUUAUUUUGCACUGCAUUCCGUUUGCACGAUAUCUUGGCGAGCAUCUCCCCUUAUUUUCUUGUGUGAAGGAUUGUGUCGCUUGUGGUCUGGCGAGAUUUAUAAGGUAUUCAAUGUCGAGCAGACAACCAUUCAAACCAGCUUGGAUUAGUUUCAUUCUAGAAAAGGCAUUUCCAUCUCACCUGUUAGGUGCACAGGAAGAUGCUCAUGAAGCUCUGAAUCACAUACUGGAUGCUCUCGAUUCAGAAGCACGGAAUGGAAUGUCCUCUUCUGAUCGUAAUUUCUCAGAUCCAUUGAAUGGACCACGCUUUUCAACACCAGUGGAACAACUUUUUGUCGGGACAUUACGAAAUCAAAUUCAGUGUUCGGCUUGUUCCGCAAUACUAAUAAAUUACGAGCGCUUUCGGGAGCUUAACCUUGGCAUAAAGAAAACAGGUUAUGAUAGGCGGAUAACUUUGGAGGAUUUGCUCGACGAUUAUUUUGGCAGCGAAGUGUUGAACAGUUUUAAAUGCACUAACUGUAAGAGGACGACGCAAAUUCAACGUAGUUCACGUAUUCUGCGUGCACCGAACCUUUUACUUAUCCAGAUAAAACGGUUCAAUUCGUUUGGUGGAAAAAUAGGCGUUCAUGUUAAUUUCAAUUUGAGGCUGGAUCUCGAACAAUAUAUUCAUCGUGGAGGAGAAUCACAUGUUUACGAACUUACUGGUAUUGUUCAACAUAUGGGUAAUGCAGUGGAACAUGGUCAUUAUAUUGCUGUUGUAAGAGGUUUUGAUGGUAGAAGUUAUUAUAUGUUCGAUGAUGAACAGCGUCACAGAGUUUCUCUAUCUGAACUGCACAAUACACAGGCGUACAUGCUGUUGUACGUUCGUUGUGAUGCAUUCAGGAAUUCCGUCUCAUCUUCGGUAGCAUUGAGUGCUGCAAAUGAAACACAGAACGAUGCACCUACCAGGAAUCGAGUGAUGAAGCGUCCAUAUAUACAAAUAUCAAUGGAUACUUAA